AUGGAAUAUUGUACAGGAGGAGAUUUAAGUAAAAUUAUUAAAAAUAAGGAAUUACAUUAUAGUUCACAAGAAGGAAAAAACAAAGUAAUGAAUUAUUUUAAACAAAUAGUUAUGGGAGUUUCAGCAAUACAUCAACAUUGUAUUAUUCAUGGAGAUCUUAAACCAGGAAAUAUCUUAAAAGAGAAAGACACUAUGAAAAUUGGAGAUUUUGGACUUGCAAGAACAAAUACAGAUUAUAAAAGUAAAAUACUUGGAACAAUUGGAUAUGCAGCACCGGAAAUAGUUACAGGGAACUACGACAAUAAAAUAGAUAUUUACAGUCUUGGGAUUAUUUUAUAUGAAAUGUGUUUAUCACCUACAACAAGAUCAGAAUUUAUUUAUAACUUAGACCGACUAAAGAAUCAAAGAAAGAUUAAUGGAACUGUCGAAAACCAAUACCAAAUGUAUAAAGAAUUAAUACUAGAAAUGACUGAGCCAAACCCAAAAGAUAGACCAACAAUAGAUGAAGUAUUAAAAAAAUUAACAAUACUUGAUGAAGACCUUAAAAAAAUAUCGGAACUACUUCCAUUUAUUCAAGAAAAAUCAAAUUUAUGGCCUCAAUUAUCAGCAGCAAUUGAAAGUAAAAUGAAAGAAAAGAUAAAAGACAUUGAAAAAGAAGAAACAGAAGAAUUUGAAUUAACAACAACACAUUUAGAAAUCAUUAGAAGUUUAACAGAAAUUCACAUAUUAUAUGGAACAAAAGCGAUGUUUAUGAAUCCCUUUAUACCAUCAAGUUUAUUAAAAGAAAGUGGAAUAGAAUAUCAUGAGGUUCAAAGUCCACUUUUAAUUAAUAAAGAAGGAGAAUUAAUGGUAUUAAUUAAUAAUUAUCAAGAGCUUGUAAGAGUUAUUAUCAAAGAAAUAAAAGAGCCAACGUCAUAUAUUAUCAGAAUUCCAACAGUAAGUUUACAUGUUACAAAAGAACCAACUGUAUCACCAUCACUUGUUUAUAUUAAUACAAGUAUUUCAAAUGAACAACAUCAAUUUGAUAUUAUAGAAUGUAUAAUAUUAAUAGGGUCAAUAAUUAAUGUAUUUAUGAAUAAAAGUAAAUUACAUAUUAGUCAUAGUGGAAUUAAUGAGAUGAUUCAUAAUAAUAAAGAACUUGAAGAAAUUAUGAUUAAAAAACCAAUACAAAGUUUAGCAUCAAUAAAAACAAUUAUUCAAAAGUAUCGAAAUGAAAGAUUUAAUUAUAUCAUUCCAAUAUUUAAUUAUUUAAAAGAAAACGAAGACAUAGUAUAUGACAUUGGAAUUUCAGGAAAUAAUAAUCAAGGACUUUAUUUUGAAGUUAAAAAUGAGGAAGGGAAAGUAAGUUUAACAGGAGGUGAAACAAAAAUAAAAAAGAAUAAAGUAGAGAUUAAAACGAUAGGAUAUUGGAUAAAAGUGGAUAAUAUUUAUCAAAGUUUAGGAGAUAAAAAAGGAUUAAUAGCAAAAAGAAAAGUAAUAGUAAAAGGAAUAAGUGAUAAAAUGAGUAAAGCAUCAAUGAAAAUAUAUUUAGAAUAUUUUGGAUUUAAUGUGAUAUAUGAAGAAAGUAAUAAUGAAUAUAAAGGAUGUUGGAUUAAAUUAAAUAUUCAUAAAGAUGGAAAAUAUGACUUUUUUACAAAUUGUUUUUGGGAUAUUGGUGUAACAUUAAAUAUAUAUAUUGAUAAAGAUUUAAUAAGAAAAGAAAUACUUCCAUUAGGAAAAGCAAUAGGAAGUAUGCAAAAACAAUAUACAAAGAAAAGUAUUCCUAUGUUAAUUGCUGAUGAGAAAUUAGUAUCAAAUGAACUUUGGGAAUGGAUUUUAUUACCAAAAGAAAAGAUUCAAAAAAGAAAAAAAACUAUUAUUUCUCAAAAUGGAGUAUCAUUUAUUAGAGAAUUAGAAGAAUUUAAAAAAAAUUUAAAAUCAAAAUGCAAAUUUAUAUUAAAAAGAGGAAAUGAUAAAAAAAUAAUAACACAAUAA